AUGCCUGGUUUACCUGCCAGUAUCGAUCUCGAUGAAUGUAUCGCGCAACUCUACAAGAAGAACCUCCUGGCCGAGUCCCUCAUCGAAGCAAUAUGCGCAAAGGCAAAGGAGCUGUUGAUGAAAGAGAGCAAUGUUGUUCACAUAUCUGCGCCGGUUACUGUCGUUGGAGACAUUCAUGGGCAGUUCUUUGACAUGCUGGAAAUCUUCAAGAUUGGAGGUUUCUGCCCAGACACAAACUAUCUCUUUCUUGGAGACUACGUGGAUCGAGGUCUUUUCAGCGUCGAGACGAUUUCUCUGCUUGUCUGUUUAAAAUUACGAUACCCCCAGCGUGUUCAUCUUAUUCGCGGUAAUCAUGAAUCACGAGGCGUCACUCAAUCCUACGGCUUCUACACGGAAUGUGCCCGAAAAUAUGGCAAUGCCAAUGUCUGGCACUACUUUACCGACAUGUUCGAUUUCCUUACCUUGAGCGUUGUCAUCAACAAUCAGAUCUUCUGCGUCCACGGCGGCCUCUCUCCUUCAAUCCAUUCAAUCGACCAAAUCAAGAUUAUCGACCGGUAUCGCGAAAUUCCACAUGAAGGACCGAUGGCGGAUCUGGUUUGGUCAGACCCGGACCCAGAACGGGAUGAGUUCUCUUUAUCACCUCGAGGUGCUGGGUACACCUUUGGCGGGGAUGUCGUCAAGAAAUUCUUACAAGUCAACAACAUGUCUCACAUCCUCCGGGCUCAUCAACUCUGUCAGGAAGGUUACCAGAUAUUGUACGACGAUCGCCUCAGCACCGUCUGGAGUGCACCUAAUUACUGCUAUCGUUGUGGGAACCUGGCCAGUGUCCUCGAAGUAAGCGAUGCGGGAGAUCGAUAUUUCAAUAUUUUUGACGCCGCUCCGGAGAAUAACGUUCAUCGAAAUGAGCAAAGUCAGCAACAGCAACAGAGCCAAGGCAAGGAUGGUCAAGGGCCUCAAAUUGAAUAUUUUCUCUAG